AUGGCACACCAAGCACACGCAUACCACAUGGUUGACCCAAGCCCCUGACCUCUGACCGGCGCAAUUGCCGCCCUUUUACUUACAUCAGGCACUGCAGUCUGAUUCCAUUUCCACUCGCUCACACUUCUUACCUUAGGUAACAUUCUCUUACUUCUAACCAUAUACCAAUGAUGGCGGGAUAUCAUCCGAGAAGGUACCUUUCAAGGACACCACACGCCCCCAGUCCAAAAAGGGCUACGAUAUGGCAUAAUCUUAUUUAUUACCUCCGAGGUAUUCUUUUUCUUAGGUUUCUUCUGAGCCUUCUACCACGCCAGCCUCGCCCCCACACCUGAAUUAGGAGGUUGCUGACCCCCCGCAGGUAUUACUACUCUAGACCCCUUUGAGGUACCCCUUCUUAAUACUGCAGUCCUUCUAGCAUCUGGUGUCACCGUAACAUGAGCCCACCACAGCAUCAUAGAAGGUGAACGAAAACAAACCAUUCAAGCUCUUACUCUCACUAUCUUACUGGGAUUUUACUUCACUUUCCUACAAGGUAUAGAAUACUACGAAGCCCCAUUUACAAUCGCUGACGGCGUAUACGGCUCUACUUUCUUUGUCGCUACAGGAUUCCAUGGCCUACACGUAAUUAUUGGCUCUACCUUUCUGGCCGUUUGCCUUCUACGACAAGUUCAAUACCACUUUACAUCUGAACAUCAUUUUGGCUUUGAAGCUGCUGCCUGAUAUUGACACUUUGUAGACGUUGUAUGGCUCUUCCUAUACGUCUCUAUUUACUGAUGAGGCUCAUAA